CCGAACUGGGGGAGAGCGCUUGAGGGGCGGGCGCACGCGCUUGGGGGGCGGGGGGCCGUUAAGACUCAUCGCAGUGGCGCAUGCGUACUGAGAGGGUGGUGCACGCUUUCGAGCGCCUGGUCCUCUCCUGCCAUGGAGGCCGCGGCCGUGGAGGAGGGCGAGGUGACCUCUGGGAUGCAGUCCCUGGUGGUGGAGGAUGCCCCGGAGCUGGUGCCGGCUGCAGCGGAGGACGACAGGCCGGCGCUGGAAGAGGCGGAGGAGCAGGGGCAGGAGGAGGAGGCUGGGUGGUGUGUCCCCUGCAGCGACGAGGAGCUGGAGGCCCCAGAGGCCUGGAUGCCGCCGCCUGAGGAGAUCAGACGCCUCUACGAGCAGAUUGCUGCCGAGAGCACCCUGCCGCUCCAGGCCGAGAUCCUGCCCCGCAGGGCCCCCACCCCUGAGCCCGACAGCGAGGAGGAGGAGCGGUCCGAUGGGCAGCCCGAGAGCGAAGAGGAGGAGGAGGAGAAGCCCCACGUCCCGACCGAGUUUGACUUUGACGAUGAGCCUGUGACGCCCAAGAACUCCCUGAUUGAUCGCAGGAGAACAGCAGGCGGCUCGCGCAGCCAGAAGCGGGAGGCCCGGCUGGACAAGGUGCUGUCGGACAUGAAGCGGCACAAGAAGCUGGAGGAGCAGAUCCUGCGCACGGGCCGCGACCUCUUCCAGCUGGGCAGGGAGGAGGCGCCGUCCUCACAGCGCCCCUCGGGGCUCUUCCUGCGCCAGCGCAAGUACUGACCGCUGGGGGGGGGCUGCCCCCUUCCCAGCAUCCUCUGGGCUGCACCAGGCUGCUUGGGGGACUGAGCUGGGGGAGGGAAUACAGUGACGGACAGUGGGGUCAGCCGGUGGGGCACGGGGCCUCUCCGAUCCGGCUCCAGGGCAGGGGAAUGGGGCCCGCAGCUUUCAGGAUCUCAGCACAGCCGCCCCCACUGGGGGCUGGCGAAGCAGGAAAUGCCCCCCUGUGUUGCCUGGAGGGGGCAAAAUCUACAGCCUGGGGGUGGAGGGAAGGGCCUGUCCAGCGUUUCUGCUGCAAUAAAUGUGUUUCUCGCC